AUGGAAAAUGAGCCCAAAAAAGAUAAGCAAAAGAUUGAGAUGCAGUUAAUUAAGUCUGAGAGAGCACGCGCUAUAAGUUUUUCCAAAAGGAAAAAAACCUUGUUUCAAGAUGCAGAAAAGCUUGCAACUCGGAGCGGAGAUGAAGUUGGUGCUAUGCUAUUUUCACCAAUUGGAAAAUCAUUUUCUUAUGGUUCCACAACACGUGAUCAUGCUGAGGGAAAAUCUGUUGGAUUUGAGGCAUUUGAAGAUCUUCACAAAGAAUUGCAAGAACUUAACGAGAAAGAAAGAAGACGAAUAUUACUGUAUAAGAUUAUGCACCCUAGCUCAGAAAUAACUUCGGAUAAACACAUGGAGAAGAAGAAGGUGGCAAUGUUGUUGCGGGUAAAGGAAAUUUUAAAUGAAACAAAAAGUGCUAUUUUGGGCGAGCAUUUCAAGUUUGAUUUAAAUGUUGUCCCUGAGCCAGAAGAAGACGAGAGUUCUUGA